AUGAUUCCCUAUAUUUUUCUCAUUUUGUUUCCAACUAUUUCAGUAUCCCAAUACUAUAAUCCUUCUCUAUAUCAAAGCUAUUUGAAUUCUGGAGCUCAAAGACAACAAACAGUCUUGGUUCCUGUUUAUACACAAGGAGGUUACGGUGGAGCUUAUGGAGGAGCUAUGGGAGGAUAUCCAGGUUAUGGAAUGAGUUAUCCAGCGUAUGGAAUGGGAUACGGUUAUCCUGGUGGCGGAUAUCCAAUGAUGGAUGGAGGAGCUUGUUGUGGAGGUGGUGGGAUGAUGCCCCCUCGAGAGAGCAACGCUAAGAAGUUUUUCCGAGGAGCCACCGAAGGAGUUUUCAUGGGAAGUGUUGGAAUGUUGGGAUUCCGUAAAUAA